AUGCGGCAAGCCGUAAAGCAAUUCGGAAAAAAGCCUAGAGGUGUGCGUCAUAACGAUAGUGUUCUUGAACAUUUCUGUAUCAAUGUUUGGAUACUUGGUGGAUGUCGUAUCUAUGAAAUCUUCCACAGCAAUUUUAUUGGAAUUUUUCCCUCUGUCGUCAUGAUAGGAAUGAUUCAACCACUUGUUGAUGGGGUGCCACCUCUUCGUUUGUUCUCUUUUGGCACCAACAACAAAUUCACUGCCAUCGACGUUAACAUACGACUGAAUUUUGUGGAAAAAAAGUUAAGCUUAGGAAGCACACAAUUGAAUUUUACUCUGCCAGAUUUCAUUGAUGCUCGUUGCCGUAAAGUUGACGUUUCGCUGCGUUUGACCGGACUUGGAUGUUCAGACAACAUUGUAUACCCGAGGCAUGUAAAAAACCUCAAGCGAUAUGGUGGUUCUGACGAGAGCUAUGUGUGUUGUACGCUCCCUUCGAUAGAUGAGAUUAAGGCCACUAUGGAGAGAGCGAGAAUAGAUGCAAAGGUAGUUUUAAUGAAACUCGGAGUUGAUGUGGCUGAUCCUGACGAUCAGCUGUUGAUUUGUGAUUCACGUUUAACUUCUAAACCGAACGAACCUUUGGAGAAUCCGGCGCCAACAGAUGAUGAUGUUAAUGAAAUUGACGAAUGUGAGGAGGUUUAAGACGAGGGCGACGACCCAUUAGAUGUAAAUGGAAAAGAUGGAUAUGAACAAAGCCUU